AUGGCCAUCCCUUGUACCCUGAACCUUAACAUGGCACAAGCGGUUAUCCUCUUCCUCAUUUUCUCUUAUUGCACAGAGGCUCCGGCCCAGUUUGUAUUGACUCAGCCAGCUUCCGUGUCAGCACCUGUUGAAGGAAAGGUCCAGAUCUCCUGUAGGAGGAGCAGCGGAGCUAUGUCUGGCUACUACGUGUCCUGGAGUCUGGGGCCAGUUUGUACUGACUCAGCCAGCUUCCCUGGCAGUAGCCCCUGGAGGAAGAGCUGUGAUCUCCUGCACAAGGAACAGUGGAAGCAUCAACAACUGGUGCUGGUGUUAGGAGACCUUCACAUCCCACACCGAUGCAGCAGCCUUCCAGCCAAGUUCAAAAAGUUGCUAGUGCCAGGCAAGAUCCAACAUAUUCUCUGCACUGGGAAUCUUUGCACCAAGGAGAGCUAUGAUUAUUUGAGGACGCUGGCCGGGGAUGUCCACGUUGUUAGAGGGGACUUUGAUGAGGGCAUGAGUUAUCCACAGCAGAAAAUUGUCACCGUUGGACAGUUCAAAAUUGGUCUGAUCCAUGGCCAUCAGGUUAUACCCUGGGGAGAUCUGGCCAGCUUGGCCAUCCUGCAAAGACAGCUGGAUGUAGACAUCUUAAUAUCUGGUCACACUCACAGGUUUGAGGCAGUGGAACAUGAGAAGAAAUUCUAUAUCAAUCCUGGUUCAGCCACAGGGGCCUACAAUGCUCUGGAAAGGGAUAUAAUUCCUUCGUUUGUUCUGAUGGAUAUCCAAUGUUCCAUAGUUGUUACUUAUGUGUACCAACUCAUUGGGGAUGAUGUGAAAGUAGAAAGGAUUGAAUACAAGAAACCUUGAAAUGGAAUGAUUUUCCCUGGAUGUCUCUUUCACACAGACAUUUGAUCAAACUCUUCAAGCCCACUGCUGUAAUUUACUGGAU